AUGGAGCACAAUCAAGAACAAGAGUUUUUGAAACAUUUACUAGGUGAAUACAGCAUAUGGAAAACAAAAGUUUCAGAUCAGUUCUCCACACUGACUGAUGACGAGGUGUUCGUGUUAUUCUGUUAUCUGUGUUCUGACUCCGGUCCUCCUGACUUUACUGACACAGAGUGGCUGGACUUGCUUAAUGAGAUACGACAGAGAGUGUACGAUAAAGAGGACCCUGUAACACGUGAGGAAGCACAGCAGACUCUGGACAGACUGAAGUCACGUGAUUACCUCUGGGAAGAUCAGGACAAGAUAAAGAAGGACACAAGGGAUGAGACAAUGUUUAGGAUAGCAUCAAUAAACAGUAAUAUACCAUUCUAUUACAGUAGUUAUAACACAGCCAGUGUGUACCUGAGAUCAUCAGGAUACAACAGGAAACCUGGAGAUAAGUGUGUCAGAAGUUUUAAUAGCAUCCUUGAUUCUUUAUUGAUACGCCGUCUACAGAUGAACAUACUGAAUCACGUCACCAUGGAGGACAUGAGUAUUUAUAAUGAGAUACACCAGAUAGUGAAUGUUUCAAUAAAUAUCCUAAAGGACAGUGAAAAUAAAAAAGCAAAAGUAUUAACGGAUCUAAAAAGAGAAGGGGAGAAAGUAUAUUACAGAGGAAGAUCACAUUACAGUGUAGAUCACGUGACGUGGCUCUGGAGGUACGGGAGAUACAAUAGACCUGACAUCGUGAGAUCCUGUAUAGGUCUAUAUCCACACAAUGAUAUUUACAUCAUCGACAACAAAGCUUACAGAAAACCAAGUAAAUACCAUACCUACCCACCAGAAGUCCGAAGUCUAUUGUAUUGCUUACUGUUAACUGAGAAAUAUCAGGUGAAACUCAAUGAACAAUCAGAAAACAGUACAAAAGACAAAAUCAGAGACAGAUAUUUCCCUGAUAUUAAUGAUGACAGUUCGGUAGAUCUUCCUGAUGAAAUCACAGAAACAUGUGACGGUGUGAUAACCUUUAUAUCAGACGACAUCCGACAUGACCUCAUGUACGCCUUUAUUACGGAGUGUCUGGUGAAGGACGGUGAUCUGGAGUUUUUCCUGACCACGGCGUCACGUGACGUGAUAUCAGAAUACUGCCGGUCCUGGUAUUAUAAGAGGAGUGAGGGAGAGAGAUGUCUGUAUGUACCGCGCUAUCCAGAGGAGAUGUACGACCUCUUCAUAGACAACCUACAGCGGGACAUCAUCACACACUGUACCGUGUCUGACGAGGGGAUUCAUGGCAGGAUCAGUAAACGUUUAAACAUACCGGAGGAAAUUUUGAAAUGGGAUUUGAGUGCCAGAAAAAGAUUUGUUGAGAGUCUCCGCCAUGGAAGAGUAGAAAUGUUCCGUGCACGAGGUAUGAUUGUGGGAUGCGCAGGCGCAGGUAAAACAACUCUUCUUAGGAAGCUUCAAAGGAGACACACAAAACAAAAUCAACCUACAGAGACAACGGUCGGUCUAGAGGUCCAUGAAGACUUGAUUGAAAUUAAAGAUAAGACUUUAUAUGGUAAAUCUUCCUUUACAUAUCAACAGUUUAACAUUGGAUUUCAACUAGAACACAUGCAUUUGUACUUCUGGAAUUAUUUCAGUGUAAAACCUGAAGAUAGUGUUUUUCAAAGAUUGGCAUGGGUCAUGAAGGAGAAAGAGGGGAAUGUUAUCAAAGGCAUUCUCCAUCACAGCAGUCGUGGUACAAAACUGAUCAGUAUGACAGACUUCGCCGGACAAGUAGCUUAUUACGCAUGUCACCAGGUUUACCUGUCAAGGAGAGCGUUUUAUAUCGUGGUUAUUGAUAUGUCCAAGGGUCUGGAAGAUGAAGUUAGACAUUAUGAGACUGAUCGCCAUAACCCUGAAGGAUCCUUGUUCCAUUCCUGGAAAUACAAAGACUAUUUUCAUUUCUGGUUGCAAUCCAUACAAACAUACUGUGAUGUCGGAAAAACACACAUAAUUCUGGAAAGCACGGAGUCAAAAGCUAAUUUUCAUCCUGUUAUUACUGUUGCUUCUCAUGCAGAUGAAGUGAAAGAAGAUUUGAAGAAGAUGUUUUACGAGGAACUAGAAAACUGUUUAUCUGAUGAACAAUCUUUGAAGUACCUGAUAUCUCGAAGGAGAUAUUUCACAGUCGAAUGCCCACCAAAGAAUUUGUCUACAGAACAACAGUACACAAUUGAAUGCCUCAGACAAUGUAUAGUGGAAACUGUAGAAAGGAUGCCACAGUGGGGAGAGAUUAUUCCUCUGAAAUGGGCAAAUCUUGAGAAAGUUUUGAUUGAGAUGAAGAAAAAUAGAAGAAAGGUUAUUUCUGUACAACAAAUAAAAGAAUUAGAAGACGUGGACUUACCUAGCGAUAAAGAUCUCGAUGAUGGCCUUCGGUUUUUACAUGAAAUUGGUCAAAUUGUUUAUUUUGCUGACGAGAAAAUGAAAAAUGUGAUAAUUGUUGACGUUCAAUGGUUUGUUGAUGCGUUCAAAUACAUCAUAACUGAUGAAAAUCAUCUAGCUAGAAAAGUGAGCAAAAACACACUGAUCAACACGGGACGAAUUACUGAAUCUGAACUGAGUGAAAUCUGGGAAUAUACUUCUAUUCAGCAUAAAGAUGAUAUCUUACCAUACAUGGACAAACUUGGUUUAAUGACAGAAAUUCCGGAUGAUCCUAGCGGUCCAACCUAUUACAUCCCGAGCAUGAACAGAACUGAACUUACUGAUGACUGUAGAGAUGCAAUCAACAAAGGGCAAAAAACAUCGAUUAUGGUGUUCCAUUUCAAGACGUACUUGCCUCAUUUUUUCUUCUUUAGGCUGGUAGUAAACUGCUUUAGGGAAUGGAGGGCCCUUGAUAUGAAGUUCUUUUGUAAGAAUGCCGCAUUCUACACGGUUGAAGAUGCUAGCCAUUACAUUGCAAUUGCUGUUAAUAAAACAUCAAUCCAGUUACAGGUUUUUACUGCACAUAAAGAUAUGAAUCUGCAGUCAGAAUGCGUCAUACAGAUUAGAGAUACAGUGGAAAGUCUAAUUAACGAAAUAACGCAAACUUUUCACAAACACAUUGAAUAUGAGUUGGGGUUUUCUUGUACAGAUAUAAAUAUUACAGAUGAGGAUGACGAGUAUUUUUUGAAGAAAAGUCAAAUUAUAGGCGUAAAAACAAUUACUGGGAAAGAAAAAAGACCGUGUCCUAAACAUGUUCUCAGAAAUCCGCAUGAAAUAAACAAAUAUAAAAUGAUGCAAUUCUGGUAUAAAUAA